CAAAAGUCGAAUUUCUGAUGCAACACUCUGGAAGAAGUCUUGAAUACGUUGGGUGAACGAGUGUCGAUUGAAGUAUUGUGAGAUAUUCGUAAAAUUAGCUAUUUAACAUCAUUAGAACAUAUUAAAAUUUCUGUAAAAUCUUCAACGGCUUAAUUUCACAUAUAAAAUGACAGAAGAAGAUUCGAUUUUUGAUCCCAGCUUGAAGAAAAAGAAAAAGAAAAAGAGAGGUGUAUUUGACAUUGAUGGUGAAUUCAAUGAAGCAGGUAGUACUGGUGAUGCUAAUGAAAUGACAGGUGACAAGGAAAAUCAAGAACCAGAACCUCUUAUGGCUGAAGAUGAUGAAACUUUGGAUUUGGAAAAUUUUGGAAAGAAAAAGAAAAAAAAGAAAAAGGCAUUUAAUUUAAAUGACUUAGAUGCUGCUUUACCAGAUGCAAAAAAAGAAGAUGUUAUGGAGCCACCAGUGGAAGAAACUGCUGUAGAUGAUAAUUUAGAUUUAGAUAUGGACUUUUCAAAAACAAAAAAGAAGAAGAAGAAGAAGAAGGAUCUAGAUGAACUAGUGGCAGAAGAAGAGCGUAAAGAAAUUGAAGACAAAGAAAAUGGUAAAUAUAAUAUAAUAUUGAUUCAUUUGUUUAUGUUUCAGUUGAUUUAUCUUAUUUAUUAUUUGUUAACAUGCUGCACUGAAUCUGAGCGAAGUGCAGAGUAUGUGGAGGAAACAAGUUUGUGGGUAGGAUCAGAUAGAGAUUAUACAUACGAUGAAUUACUUGUAAGAGUGUUUAACAUCAUGCGAGAAAAGAAUCCUGAUAUGGUAGCUGGUAAGAAGCAAAAAUUUGUUAUGCGUCCUCCACAGGUUGUACGUAUAGGUACAAAGAAAACAUCCUUUGCUAAUUUCACUGAGAUAUGUAAAACAUUACAUAGACAACCAAAACAUUUACUUGAUUUCUUGUUGGCUGAAUUGGGUACAAGUGGCUCUGUAGAUGGAAACAGCCAACUUAUUAUUAAAGGACGUUUUCAACAAAAACAAAUUGAGAAUGUGCUUAGGAGAUAUAUCAAGGAAUAUGUUACCUGUCACACGUGUCGUUCACCAGACACUAUUCUUCAAAAAGAUACUCGAUUAUUUUUCUUACAAUGUGAAACUUGUGGGUCUAGGUGCUCUGUAGCCAGUAUAAAAUCUGGAUUUCAAGCUGUCACAGGAAAACGUGCUGCUAUUCGAGCAAAAACUGCCUAAAGAAUUUCUCAUUUUUUCCACGGAUCAUAAAUUCUUUUUUAAAAUCUAUCUCAGCUUGCUUAUAUCGAAAGAUCAUAUUCCUUUAAUUUAUUACAUCAGUACAUAAAACAAAACUGAAAGUAUUACAUGCACCAACAAAAUAUCUGUCUAUUCUGAGUUUGUAUUACCAUGUUAAAAGUUGAAUGUAUAUACAUGGCAAUACCUAGAAAACUUUAUCUAUUCUACUCUGACACAUACAUUUAUUUUUCCUGUUAAAGUCUGCAGAUGAGUAAUGUGCAUUGCACUCUACAAAGUUCAUAUUAAAUCAUUAAAAAAAAUCAAAAUCAUCUUUUACUGGAACAUGUAGUUCAGCUAGCGCAUUACUUAUUCAUGUCACUAACAUUUUAAUGCAAUAUCUUUUAAAGAACAAACUGUUCAGGUAUAAAAUAGUAUAUAGUAUCAAUUGUUAACAAUGCAGUUAAACAAUUAAUAAUUUCUUAUAUUAUUUUAUUAAUACAAAAUUUAUAAUAUUAGAUUGAAUGCCACCAGUGUUUCAUAUAUACAAAUACAGAAAAGAAUGAAGAAUUUAUUCUUGUUCCAUUGUUUUUAAACAAUAAUGAUCAUAUAAGUAAUGCAUAAUGAAUAUGUCAAACUUCUUUCAGACCUUACUGAUGAAGUCAUUUCCUAGAUAAUAAUUUAUUCAAAUAAUGUAUUUACUAGGUAAUAAAUUUAUUUGGAAGGAUUUUGUUAUAUUCUUUAUGAUCACGAAUUAAUCAUAAAAAGAAAGUAUCAUUAUAAUUUGUAAUAAAAUAAAAAUUAUAAAUACAACUAAGAAAAAUAUUGUUAUAAUUAGUUAAAUUUGAUUCACAUCUACCAUUAUAAGUUUACCACGUGAAUUAUUAUGAGUGGAAAAGUGCAUUAUUAUUUUUUAGUAAUAAUAAAUACAAGUGUAUAACAAAUAAUUAUUAAAAUAGCUUAUAUUGAAAA